AUGCAAUACCUGAGCCACUAUAAGCUCAAGGAGUUGGUCAAUAAAUAUUCAGACCACAUCUCGCUGCCCAUACAAAUGCGCAAAGAAGAGUGGGUAGAGGGUAAAGACGGCAAGGGCGGCGAGAUGGUGCGUACCGACACCUGGGAAACCGUCAACCACGCCAAUGCGCUAUGGACGCGGCCCAAAAAAGACAUCACACCUGAGCAAUACCAAGAUUUUUACAAGCAAAUCAGCUACGACCAUCAUGACGCACUGGCCUAUACCCACAACCGUGUAGAAGGCAGCACCGAAUACACCCAACUGCUCUACAUCCCCGCGCAAGCCCCUUUUGAUUUAUACAACCGCAACGACAAAACGGGUCUUAAACUCUACGUUAAACGUGUCUUUAUCAUGGAAGACGCUGAGACACUGCUGCCUGGAUAUUUGCGCUUUAUCAAAGGCAUAGUGGAUGCCAAUGAUUUGCCGCUGAACGUUUCGCGCGAACUGCUGCAAGAAAGCCGCGAUGUGCGCAACAUCCGCGAAGGCAACACCCGCCGCGUGCUGGGGCUGCUAGAAGAUUUGGCCAAAUCUGAUACUGCCACUCCAACCCAAGAGGGUGAUGGCUCAUCAGCCAAGGAUGACAAAUAUGCCACUUUUUAUCAAGCUUUUGGCGCGGUACUAAAAGAGGGUUUGGCAGAGGACAUGAGCAAUCAGGCGCGCAUCGCCGAGCUGCUGCGCUACCGCUCCAGUCUAUCUGAAGGCCAAAACAUCAGCUUGGCGCAGUACGUUGCCCGAAUGAAAGAGGGUCAAAAAGCCAUCUACUAUCUGACUGCCGAUUCCGAGUUGGCAGCGCAAAACAGCCCACAACUAGAGGUCUUCAAGAAAAAAGGCAUAGAGGUAUUGUUCAUGACUGACCGCGUGGACGAAUGGGCUAUGGGCUACUUAAACGAAUACCAAGGCAAGCCGCUGCAAAGCGUGGCCAAGGGCGCAGCCGAUUUGGGAGACUUGCAAGACGAGGCUGAGAAAAAAGCCGUUGAAGAAGCUAGCAACACCUAUAAACCUUUGUUGGAAAAGCUAAAAACCGCGCUGCAAGAACAAGUGCAAGACGUGCGCAUCUCCAAUCGCCUGGUGGAUAGCCCAGCUUGUUUGGUCGUGCAAGAUCAUGGUAUGAGUAUGCAGCUAGAGCGUUUGCUCAAGCAAACCGGGCAAAAAAUCCCCAGCUCCAAACCUACUAUGGAGAUUAACCCACACAACGCGCUGAUACAAAACCUCUCUACAUCCAGCAGCAGCGACUUUGACGCACUUGCCCAUGUGCUCUACGACCAAGCCUUGCUGGCCGAAGGCCUGAUGCCCAGCGACCCUGCGACUUUUGUUAAACGCAUCAAUUCGCUGCUGUUGUCCGCACAAUCGUCCGCACUAUCUUCCGCACAAUCACCAGCUGCUGAAAAAGCCUCGUAA